ACAAACUAUCAUCAUGUCAGAUUGGGAGAACGUUACAGUUAUUGGACAAAAGGCACGGAUCGGAGGCGGUGGCCCCCGUCAAACUGUGGCCAAGACCGCCUCGCAGUUGAAUGCCGCCAGAAGAACCGGAAAUGUCAUUGGUACCGAAAAGAAGUAUGGUACCUCCAACACCAAAUCUAACCCUGAAGGUCAAAGAUUGGCCAAAUUGGACGACACGGAUGACGUGGUGGCAGUCAAGAAACUCGACACCAAUGUCGGAAAAGUCAUUCUGAGAGCCAGACAAGACAAGAAAAUGACCCAGAAGGACUUUGCCACUCAGAUCAAUGAAAAGCCCCAGGUGAUCAAUGACUAUGAAGCCGGAAGAGCCGUGCCCAACCAGCAGUUGUUGGGGAAGAUGGAACGUGCAUUGGGAGUAAAGUUGAGAGGUAAGCAGAUUGGUGAGCCUUUGUUUAAGAAGAAGACUUGAGAAUGACCCUGACAGAGACAGACCCUGACAGAGACAGACGCAGAGAAAUAUACAAAAACUGACGAGGUGAUGACUGGGCUACCAAGUCCAGGACGUGCUAUGCGGAACUAGCGACCCCCGCCGCCAUACCAUUAUUUAUAGUAAAUGCACAAUCAUCGGCCCAGUACAAGAGCGAGGCUCACGUGACCACAAACUACUGCAAGUACGUGGCAGCGGUCACAGCCAGUACAAGCGCAAGUGGGGUAGACGUGGGAGACAGCCCUUCGCCCCAGGCUUCCCUUGUCGCUUGGGCCUGCCAUGCCAAGGCGAUGCCCAUCGCGACUCCCAAAUUACAUCAGUCUGGGGUAACUAGUCAGUAUCCGCGUCUGGGGUAACUGGGCAGUAUUUUCGUGGGAGGGGUAUCGACAUCUGAAAUGGCA